GGGGAGCGGUUUGGCGGGAACACAGGGCCGCUCGGAGGCCGCCGCCGCGAUGCUCCCCUCCUUGCAGGAAUCUCUGGAUGGGGAUGAAAAGGAGCUAGAGAGCAGCGAGGAGGGAGGCUCCGCGGAGGAGCGGAGACUCGAGCCGCCGUCCAGCAGCCAUUACUGUCUCUACAGCUACCGCGGAAGCAGAUUGGCACAACAGCGAGGGGACAGUGAUGAUGGAAGCCCAAGCGGCACAAAUGCAGAAACGCCCUCUGGUGAGGAUUUCAGCCUCUCCUUGGUGGGUACUAAUCUGCCAUCGGAAGUGGAGCCAGACCUGCGUGGUUUCAUUGCUAAGCGUCUUGCUAAGGGAGCAGUAUUUGAAGGGCUGGGUAAUGUUGCAUCUGUGGAGCUGAGGAUUCCAGAAUCCCGAGUCGGUUGUUAUUACUGUCUUUUCCAACAAGAAAAAUUGCUUCCUGAAGCAGCAACAGUGGACUCUGAACAUAACGCUUCAGAGUAUGUGGUCUGUUUUUUAGGAGGGUCUGAAAAAGGACUUGAGCUAUAUCCUUUCUUUGGUCUUCGAGGAUAUCAGGAAGGAAAACAUGGGAUGCUAAAACGUACUUUCAGGCUUGAAUUGGACAAGUAUAUUCAAGGGCUGAAAAAUAACAUGAGCUGUGAGGAAAGGGGCCUGGAGAACCACAUAAAAUCCUACCUGAGCAGCUGGUUUGAGGAUGUUGUAUGCCCAAUCCAAAGGGUGGUUCUUCUCUUUCAGGAGAAGCUUACCUUUCUCCUACAUGCCGCUCUGAGUUAUACUCCUGUUGAAGUUAAAGAAUCAGAUGAAAAAACGAAGAGAGACAUUAACAGAACCUGUGUGUGUGGCAGGUUUCUGAGUGUGGCCAGUCUUCAAGGCCUUAUUCACGAAGGCACCAUGACGUCCUUGUGCAUGGCCAUGACCGAGGAGCCACAUAAAUCCGUGGUCAUCGAUUGCAGCGGCUCCCAGCCUCAGUUCUACAAUGCAGGAAGCAACCGGUUUUGUGAGGACUGGAUGCAGGCUUUUUUGAACGGCACUGAAGGAGGUAACCCUUUUCUUUUUCGACAAGUACUGGAGAACUUUAAACUAAAGGCCAUACAAGACACAAAUAAUUUGAAGAGAUUUAUCCGACAGGCAGAAAUGAAUCAUUACGCUUUGUUUAAAUGUUACAUGUUCCUGAAGAACUGUGGUAGUGGAGAUAUCCUUUUGAAGAUUGUUAAAGUGGAACACGAAGAAAUGCCUGAAGCCAAAAACGUGGUGGCUGUCCUUGAAGAAUUUAUGAAAGAAGCUCUUGUCCAAAGUUUUUGAUCACAUGUUUUGAGAUUAUUGUAUUGUGAAGUUGUACAUUCCAGCCUUGGUGUUUGAAACUGCGGUUGUAAUUGUCAUAGGAUUGCUACUGAAGAUUAUUUCAGACACAUUCUAGAGUUCUUCAUUUCGUACUUUAAAAAUUUAACUUACUUAGACCUAAAAAUCUGAGGAGCAUUUUCACUGAGUCUUGGAUGUGUGUUAGAGUAGUGGAAUUUUAGUACACUGCUGGCCCCAUAAAUUCUAGACCUUGGGGGUUGAUGCUCAAAAAUCUUGAAAGGUAAUUUUGUGGCUUCUCUGAGGAGUUGGCUGCAGUAGUUAGCAAUUUUUCCUCCCAGAAAAAUUGUGAUACUCCUUUCUCAAUGUACUAUAGCUUCUUUAAAAAAAAAAAAAAAUGUCCUCCUAGUCUCAGGACAGAUUAGCGCUGCGACACCAUUUCAGAGACAGAUCUGUGCAUCCUGUGGAUGCUUGGAUAGAUUUUUUUUGUCUGAUUAUGGCAUGGAUGACAAAGCCAGCUUUUAAGUCAGUACACAGAUCAUGACUGUGUAAGAAAUUAAAUGAGCUUUAAAAAUACAUACGCUAGCUUCAAGACAAAACAUCAUCUCUGACAGAAAGCUACUGGAAAAGGGGCCGCCAGCCCCUUUCUUCAUUCAUUUGUUCACAGGUACCUGCCAAGAGCCUGUAUUUUCUUUCCUGUUUUUCUGUUGAAAAUGCUGGAGUGUUCCAACAGUGUUAAAAAAGAAAGUACACAAAUUCUACAAGCAAACUGUAACAUAAAGAAUGCAAACAGAUUCUUCAUAUCAGAGUUACUUACUGAUUUUAGUUUUUUGUAUGUAUUUGUUAUAAGCCUCAUAUUGUUUUACUCCGAAUCAGUUGAAAAUGGAACCGUUUAUAAUUCCCACGGAAGCCAAUUGUAGCUACACACAUGACGGCAGUUUGUUCUGCAAAGCUCUUCAAUAAAUCCAUUUAAUAAUGAUUUUUGGUUAGAAGAUCAGAAGUCUUAUUCUCACUGCCUUCAGGAUGCUCAGAGGAACACAAGCCCGUAAAAAUCCUCUCCUAAACUCGUACAUAAGUGCUGAGUUUUAACUUUGAAAAUGACUGACAAUGGCCUGAUGCUUUCUCUUCUACAGAAGUCUGGGGACAUGACUCACCAAGCCAUUUCUUUUCCUUUAAUGAGAAAUACAAUUCAGGAUCUUCAUAAAGGCUCUCAUAUGGUUUUAAAUUUUAAUAACUUGGAUUGUCGGCAGUGUAGAAAACAAAACCCAAAUAGCAUUUUUUAUAGCAUUAAAUUCAGAAUGACUAUGGGAAAUAAGCAAUUCGAAGGCACUACCCUUGAACCUGACUUUUUCUAAUGUACUUGGUUACUCAUUUAGAAAUCAAUUUUUUUAAUAGACAUUAGGACACCAACAUUUGGAGUCUAAAAAACAUAUUUUUCAUUUUCAAAUUCACAUAUCGUUCAACAGUCCAUGAUGUAAAUGGCAUUUUAAAGUAAAUUACCUGCUUCAAGCCAUUUAUGGAUAAUAGCCAAGGUAGAGUUAGCUGUUCCUUUCGUGUACUUUUAUAUAUACAUUUGUGAUGCAGGAUCACUACAGUGCACAGUUCUGUGCCAUACUGUCUUAUUUUACAAGUCUGUGACUCUCUUCUAGGCAAGGAAAAUGGUGACAUGGAAUCAAGUGUCUUGGCCAUGAGAAGCAACCCAAAGAGCUCAUGACCAGAAACAUGUACUGCAUUCAAAUUUUAAUAAGCUAAUGUAUUAGUUUUUAAAGUUUUAAAAAGGAUUUGUUCAGGUGUGGAAUACAUUUAUGUAUUGCUUGUGUGCUCUACACACAGAAGAAAUAUAUGUUUGUCGUGUAUCAAAAAUGGCCUGUUUAAUUGUAAUUAUAUUUGUGAUAAUAAUAAUAAAAAACCAACUUAGCUUCUCA